GCUGCAUGCUAUUACUAAUUGCUGAGAAAUCAAGUCUUUCAAGACUCGAGACUUGGAUCGGCUUUAGCAUCGAUUGAAUCUGUGUGGGUCUAGUUUCCGCAGAAUUUGAGAUAACUCUUGGGCUGAUGAAGAGGGAUUCAAAGGAUUUUUUCUUAUUUUUUUAUUGUUUAAAUCGGUGACGGGACGAGAACCAAAUUGACAUUUCGAUGGCCGCCUUGGAGGCAAUUUGAGGAUUUGUAGCACAAGUGCACGGUGAAGAGUAGUGCUGAUUUAUUUGUGAGCUGGUGUGCUGCGUGACUGUGAAAGUACGGAAGGAGGUUCGAGCAUUUUAGUUGUUGGCACAUUUUCGUGCAGGGUUUCGUUCUGUGGUUCACGCGAUCGAGCUUGAUGGAUGGUUUUUAGUGCGGUUUUGCAUCUCGAGCGUAUUCAAGCGCAAAAUUAGUGGGGUUUCAAAUGCGCCUUAGUUUAUCACAGUACUUUGCGUCGUUACGUGCCCGAUGUGAUGGCUGAUUAUCAGCCCUGUUCGGUUUGAAUUGUUCUGUUGGAUUCAUACAAAGAUAGUGGCUGCUCAAUUCUCGAAACGCUUCAAGGCGCCACUAAGUCAUAGGUUCAUUUCAUUUAUUAGUAUAUUACUUGCGUGGUUGUGAAAAGGGUGAGGUUGCACAGCCACCGUUGUGUGCUAGAUGCUGGAGGAAUAUUUCAUCUAACGCGGUUUUCCGCGUAUGAGUUUUUAAGUUUGUUCUAAUCUAGAAUUUCCAUGCAGUGAAGACAGUGUUACUUGAUAGGGCAGUUUUUUUGGUGUAGUACUGGAUAUGUCAAUUGUGACAUGCUUGUCUGGAGUUGUAACUCCUUCAAUGUUCCUUAGUUUUAAGCAUGUUUCGUUUUCACUUCUUGCAGUUGAUAUUCUUUGGAGGUCGCAAGUCACCAUGGCCUCCAUGGUCGCUCAAGCAGCUCAGGUGAACGUGCUGAGGGAGAGCAGUCUGAGUUCAUCGCAUGCUCCAGUAACAAAUAAGAAGGCGAUGAGAGCAUGUAUGGCUCCAUCUUUCUCCUCUGUCUCUUCUACUUUCUAUUCCUCUAAACGGCUGCGAAGCACCAGUUCUGUGCCUAGGCCUGCUACAAAAAGAACCACAAUCAAAUCUGCUUUGGAUGUCUCCAAAGCUGCCAAUGAAGCAACGGAAAAUUUGAAGAAGGCUUCCGAAGUUUCCAAGGAAAUUAUGAAAGAGGCUGCAGAAGGAACAGUAGAGUCUGUGAAAGAGGUUACAAAUCGCGCACUUACGCGAAAACUGUCGCGAAAGCGCAGCUUUCACUUGCCUCGCGGUGGCAACAUCAAGGCAGAUCCGCUUCGAAUUGUCAUGUUUCAGGGAUUUAACUGGGAAUCAUGGAAGAGCCCCAGCUGGUACGAUAUCAUCGGUAACAGAGCGGAAGAAUUGGCUGCAGCAGGCAUUACUGAUGUUUGGUUUCCUCCCCCCAGCCAUUCUGUGGCUCCUCAAGGAUAUAUGCCAGGUAGGCUAUACGAUUUGAGCGCAUCCAAGUACGGGAAUGAGGAGAAGCUCUUUGAAACGAUUAACAAAUUUCACAAAGCAGGAGUGCGGUGCAUUGCUGACAUUGUUGUGAACCAUAGAUGCGGUGAUGCUCAAGACGAGAGAGGGGAAUGGGUCAUUUUUGAAGGAGGCACUCCUGAUGAUGCUCUCGACUGGGGUCCUUGGGCUGUAGUUGGAGAUGAUUACCCAUACGGAAAUGGAACCGGUGCUCCAGACACCGGUGCUGACUUCGAGGCUGCACCUGACAUUGACCACACUAAUGAACGAGUUCAAAGCGACAUUAUCAACUGGAUGAACUGGAUGAAAUACAAAAUUGGGUUUGAUGGGUGGAGAUUCGACUUCGCAAAGGGUUAUGGAGGAUACUUCGUUGGUAAAUAUAUUGAGAAGACUGAACCAGGGUUCGCAGUUGGGGAGUUGUGGACCAACAUGUGUUAUGGAUAUGGUGGUUUGGAUUAUAACCAAGAUGGUCAUAGGCAGCAAUUGGUUGACUGGGUUCAUUCAACUCACAAUAGGUCUACUGCAUUCGAUUUCACCACAAAGGGCAUUUUGCAAGAGGCUGUUAAAGGUCAGUUAUGGCGACUGCGAGAUCGGAAUAGCAAACCACCGGGGAUGAUUGGGUAUUGGCCCGAAAAGGCAGUGACAUUUCUUGAUAACCACGAUACUGGAUCCACACAGAACCACUGGCCUUUCCCGAGUGAACAUAUCAUGCAAGGCUACGCUUACAUACUUACCCAUUCUGGCAACCCCUGCAUUUUCUACGAUCAUUUUUACGACUGGGGUUUGAAGGACGAAAUUACAAGGUUGAUCGAGUUGCGCAAGCGGAACGACAUUAAUGCAAGGAGCAAAGUCCACAUCGUGACUGCUGAGAACGAUUUGUACGUUGCGAAGAUCGAUGACUGUGUCAUACUCAAGAUUGGUCCUCGGUAUGACAUGGGCCAUCUGACUCCAAACUCUGGGGAUUAUAAAAUCGGGGCAGUGGGAAAGGAUUAUUGCGUGUGGGAGAAGAAAAACUAGAGUCUCCUUGUAAAAGAAAUAGACAAUUUUUAUCAUAUAGCACAUUUAUAAAUUCUCAAAUAGCGCUAUCGUUGCUAAUUAUAGCUGAUUAGAGAAGCCAUUUUUUUGCUUCGUAUCAAUGGUAUACUCAGCAAAGGCUUCAGACGCAGGUGUGACGUUUAAUUGUCAAAGUCUAGACAUUUGAUGACGCAUCUGGUCCUCACCGCCUGCUUCAGGAGUUAUCGUCAGCUGUGUCAUCAAUCUUCAGUUACAGUGGAUUUACAUAACUGUCUCAUUGGUUGUACAUAUUUUGUUUUCUGGUAGUACAUACCCUAUAUUUCUGGCAGUAUAGUCUCGAAAGGUUGUAAAUGCCUACUUGCUUCGGCAGGUUUUACCAGGGUGUUGGCUGUCAUACUCAAUUUUUUCCCUUUUCAGUGUAAAGAAGCGUGAAGCAAACCUUCCAUAA